GGAAAGGCCAGUGAGGAACUCUGCGUUAUUAUCCGAAGCAGCAAUGCCAAUGGCGGUGGUGGCCCGUUGUUCUUGCUUCCUCACUCAUCCCAUCAACUCCCGCCGAUCUCCACUCUCCGAUCAAUUCUCCGUCAAAUCCUAUCUUCCCGGAAAGUCAGCUUCAUUUUCAUUCGAAGUAGAAAAGCUAAUAUCAUCAUCAAAAGACACCCAUAAUGGACUAUUUAACAUAUGCCAUAUAUCACCAAGCUCAAAGUGCCAGGUAUGAUGAUCAGAUGGGAAACAUACAGAUCAAUUUCCCGGCUGUUGCAAUUUUUGUCAGUAAUACCUUGAUGUUCUCCACACCUUUUAAAGCUUUGGCAGAAACAUGUGAGGCUGAUAACUCUUUGUUCAACAUGAACAUGCCUUUGUUGCUGGCUUUUUCUCUUAUAGGGGCUACAGUCGGAGGAUUGCUCGCUCGGCAAAGAAGAGGAGAGCUGGAACGAUUGAAUGAACAGCUGCGACAGAUAAAUGCAGCUCUAAGAAGGCAAGCAAAGAUUGAGUCUUAUGCUCCCAGCUUAAGCUACGCUCCUGUUGGUGGAAGGAUACCAGAGAAUGAAGUAAUUGUCGAUUCAAGGAAGCAUGAAUUGAUUUCUCAUUUGAAGACUGGGAAGAAUUUUUUGAGGAAUCAAGAACCAGAGAAAGCAUUCGUGGAGUUUAAGACAGCGCUUGAGCUUGCUCAAAAUUUGAAGGAUCCUAUAGAGGAGAAAAAGGCCGCAAGAGGCUUAGGAGCCUCACUCCAACGGCAGGGUAAGUACCGAGAGGCAAUCAAAUACCAUUCGAUGGUUUUGGACAUCUCUGAGAGGGAAAAAGAGGAAUCAGGGAACACAGAAGCUUUUGGAGCAAUUGCUGAUUGUUAUGCUGAGCUUGGAGAUCUUGAGCGUGCAGCAAAAUUCUAUGAUAAUUAUAUUGGAAGAUUGGACAAGGACGACUGAUCAUCUCACUUGUCCCAAGCUUACUAGUACACCAUUUUAGUACGCGUAUCAGAGGUUACUCCAUUUAACAUAGAGGGUGCGGAUGACUUGCCCACAUUUGCCUGCGGACAUUUUCAGUUUUGCUUUUGGUAACAUAAAUAAUGUAGCAAUUUCUGAACUACUCGUACUCUAAUAUUAUUGUAAUAGAAAAUUUUAUUGCUUUAAGGGAUUGCGUUGUGUGAUAUGUUUGAAAGUUAAAUAAAAUUUCAUUUUCAAGAAAAA